AAUACUGCUUUUGCCUCUACGUACAAUGAACAUCAAGGAUCAUGGCAAAUUGUGACGACUUUUCUGAAAAGAUUUGUGACCGAUACAGACUACAGAAAUAUGGUGAUGUUUUGAAAUUAAAACACCCAUUGCAAGGUACAAAGGGGAAAUGUCAUGAAGAUCUUCAUCUGCUGUGCUGGACAAACAAAUCAGUUUUAUCAAAAUAUGAAGAUGUAUUUAACGAUCUUGGCCAAAAAUUAGAUGAUGAACUUUUCAGAAGACGUUAUCAAAACACCACUGUUGAUAUUUAUGUCAAGGAAGCUCAUAUUGAAAUAAUGUAUGGAGACAUCAAGAACAAUAUAUUCCUCCGCAAUCGAUUUGUUGCAAAAUUAGAUGCUUACAAAAAGUUCAGUUUAACCCUUCAACCGAAAUUUGACCCGAUACAGGAAAUUGUGGAGGAAGCCGGACUAAGGUUGAUUUGUCUCUACAUGUGUGUCAUCUGCAUUCCAUUAAUUUUAAUUGGUAGUAAUCGCAGAUGAAAUUGCCGUCGAUUUUUUUUUUUUUUUUUGGGGGGGGGGGGGAUUCUAAGGGAACAUUAGAUCAACAUCAGAAAGAGAGGUUUAAUAGUAAAGACAGAAGAGAGGAAAGGACUUGCAUCAAAAUUGUUUGGAUACUAUAAUUCAUUUCUAUCCUCUUAAACAUUAUUUACAUGCAUUAGCUUAUGUAAAUGAUCACCAUGUCAAUAUUCCUGUCCUUGUCAGUUGUACGGUACUGCACACUAAAAAAAGCUGACCUAUGGAUUCUUUUGGUUGUACAAGUUGGUUUGAAUAAAGUGAAAUUUUUGUCAUUUAUAUGUUUGAAUUAAAUAAAAGA